GGACGGGCCUGGCGCCGGCGGCGGCGGAGGGGGCGCCGCGGGCGGGCGAUGUGAGCGCGGCGCUCUGGGCAGCUGACAAACUGCUGAAUUUAGCUUAGUGAAGGGCAUCAACUGAACGCAGUUACGUGUCUAAUGGUUAUUUUCUGGUUGAUGUUGAUGGCAUGGAAAAUCUCGUGGAAGAAUGCAAUUCAAGAGUACGCUUCAUGUCAGUAGAAAUGGACAGCAGCAGUUUUAUUCAGUUUGAUGUGCCUGAGUACAGCAGCACCGUUCUGAGCCAGUUAAACGAACUCCGCCUGCAAGGGAAACUAUGUGACAUCAUUGUCCACAUUCAGGGUCAGCCGUUCCGAGCCCACAAAGCAGUCCUCGCUGCCAGCUCCCCAUAUUUCCGGGACCAUUCAGCAUUAAGUACCAUGAGUGGUUUGUCAAUAUCAGUGAUUAAAAAUCCCAACGUGUUUGAACAGUUGCUUUCAUUUUGUUACACUGGAAGAAUGUCCUUGCAGCUAAAGGAUGUGGUCAGUUUUCUGACUGCAGCCAGCUUUCUUCAGAUGCAGUGUGUCAUUGACAAGUGCACGCAGAUCCUAGAGAGCAUCCAUUCAAAAAUCACUGUUGGAGAUGUUGACUCUGUCACCGUGGGCGCUGAGGAGAACCCUGAGAGCCGCAAUGGAGUGAAAGACAGCAGCUUCUUUGCCAAUCCAGUUGAGAUCUCCCCUCCGUAUUGCUCUCAGGCUCGGCAGCCCUCCGCAAGCAACGACCUCCGCAUGGAGACCACCCCCUGCAAAGCUUUGCGCAGCCGCGUACAGGAGGAAGGGCACUCGGACCGCGGGAGCAGUGGGAGCGUCUCUGAGUACGAGGUUCAGAUCGAGGGGGACCAGGAGCAAGGGGACCUGCUGGGGCGGGAGAGCCAGAUCGCCGAGGUGAAGGUGAAGGUGGAGAAGUGCGACCGGCCCAGCUGUUCUGACAGCUCCUCCCUGGGCGACGAUGGCUACCACACCGAGAUGGUGGACGGGGAGCAGGUGGUGGCGGUGAACGUGGGCUCCUAUGGCUCUGUGCUCCAGCACGCCUACCCCUACGCCCACGCAGCCUCGCAGCCCGCCGCUGUGUCGGAAGCUUUCGGAAGUCUGAGCAACUCCAGCCCUUCCCGGUCCAUGCUGAGCUGUUUCCGAGGAGGCCGUGCCCGCCAAAAGCGGGCUCUGUCUGUCCACCUGCACAGUGAUCUGCAGGGCUUGGUGCAGGGGUCUGACGGCGAAGCCGUGAUGAGCAACCCCGGCUACGAGAGCAGUCCCCGGGAGCGGAGUGCGAGGGGCCACUGGUACCCGUACAACGAGAGGUUGAUCUGUAUUUACUGUGGGAAGUCCUUCAACCAGAAAGGAAGCCUUGACAGGCACAUGCGACUCCAUAUGGGAAUCACCCCCUUUGUGUGCAAGUUCUGUGGGAAGAAGUACACGCGGAAGGACCAGCUGGAGUACCACAUCCGGGGCCACACUGAUGACAAGCCAUUCCGCUGCGAGAUCUGCGGGAAGUGCUUUCCAUUCCAGGGGACCCUCAACCAGCACCUGCGGAAAAACCAUCCGGGCGUGGCCGAGGUCAGGAGUCGCCUAGAGUCCCCCGAGAGAACAGAUGUGUAUGUGGAGCAGAAACUGGAAAACGAUGCGUCGGCAUCGGAGGUGGCCCUAGACUCCCGGAUGGAAAUUCACACAGUGUCUGAUGCUCCUGAUUAAGAGGGUAAAGAAGUGCACCCAAACAAAGCACAUUAAUCAAUGCAUAUUUGUGAUUUGCUUUGUUGUAAUCUUUGGUUUUUCCAACCAUCUGGAAAUUCUCGGUCUCUUGGCAGUUUUUCUAAAGUUUCUGGAUGGAACGCUUCAUUGUGUUUAUCCUUUUCCCCGCCCGCCC